CACUACCUUUCAACUAGUACUUAACUUUCCUAAUGAAUUUUGAGAAAAUGUUAACGGAGACAAGAAAAAUAAAGUUCUUAAUCCACUCCAAUGGGCUGGUGGAGCAUAGUUGCAAAAUUGUGCUGCAUUUUGGUUAUUAACCCUGUGUGUGUGUAUAUUUUUCUCCUAGAGGGAUUUAAAAAAAAAAAUGGAGGAAGAAGACCAGGCAAGUUCCAGAGAACCUGAGAAGAGAUGGGAAGAGGUAGGAAGAGGCUGCGAUGCCACUUGUGUAGAGACCAGCGUGAAGUUUGUGGCUAAGGCAACACCAUCAUUUCUGAAACAGAAGCGAGCAGAUGGGUUCCAACAGGGCUGGGAAGGCCAGUUGCCAAAUUUCUUGAGCUGCCCGCCAUUUCCUUAUCCAAGAUGGAAGAAUCGAAUAUCAAUGCCUGGCAGUCAAGAACGCCCGUCCUCCUUAGAAGGAGUAGAGGAAGGGUAUCGGUGGCCUAGAAAAGAAUAUGCUACUCAAACUAACUGUGCAAACUCUAACUUUCCUGUGAAGCUGAAGGAGGAGAUGCUGGAGGACAUCCUUGAUUCGGAGAGGCAGCGCCAACGGUUCAGACGGUUCUGCUAUCAGCAGGCUGAGGGCCCUCAAGAGGCCGCUAGCCAACUCUGGGAACUCUGCCACCAAUGGUUGAAACCAGAGGAACAUACCAAGGAGCAGAUCCUGGAGAUGCUGGUUCUGGAGCAGUUUGUGAGCAUCCUGCCUGUGGAGAUCCAGAGCUGGGUCCAGGAAAGCAGCCCUGAGACCUGUUCUGAGGCGGUGGCCCUAGCCGAGGACUUCUUAGUAAGACAAAGAGAGGGAUGCCAGCCAAGCUCUCCAGAGAGAGACCAAGGACGCGAAAACUGCCAGUCUCCUUGGAAUAAU